AUGGAGACAACUUUUAUUUCUUCCAAAGAAGAGAUUAUUGGUUUGAACCAAAUCACACUCCGACCCUUUCAUCUCUCAGACCUUGAUGAUCUCAUGGUAAUAACAACCGAUGAAAAAGUUGCCAAUUUCUGUUCUUGGAAACCUUACACAAGCAAAGAAGAAGGCAUCAAAUUCAUUGAAAAUAUACCAACCAGGUUUCUUUGGUGCAAAGCAAUAUGUCUUAAUGAUCGCGCUAUUGGUCGUAUUUCUCUGAAAUCAAGAUCGCCACAUGAUAAAAGCAGGAACAAAACAGCAGAACUUGGUUAUGUUCUAGCCUCUAAAUAUUGGGGUAAAGGGAUUGCCACAUGUGCUGUGAAACAAGUUCUUAAGGUUGUUUUCAAUGAAUUGCCACACUUGGAAAGGGUUGAAGCUUUUGUUGAUGUUGAAAAUGUGGGGUCUCAGAGAGUUUUGGAGAAAGCAGGCUUCCAAAAGGAAGGAGUUUUGAGAAAGUAUCUGUUCGUGAAAGGAAAAAGCAGAGACAUGAUCAUGUUCAGUGUUCUUUUUAGUGAUCUCCAACUAUGA